AGUGUCUGACUCUUGGUGGCGCUAUUCAUGACAUGUACCGAUUUUUGCCAUUAUCCUAUUCCUAUUUGCAUGCUUUGAAGUGUGAGUAAACGCUGUUAAAAUCUCCAAUAAAUCUAGGGUGUACCUCCAGCCAUCGAUCGCUGAGAUUCAUGGAGACCAUACAGCAGAGAAGUCAAUCUCUGAAAGAGCUGUUACUGAAAGCUUGGAGAGAACGCUGGUCUGAUGUCCAAUGGAGCACCCACAUGAAGCGAAUACUGCCACCAGGGGUGUCAGGAGAUGCUUACAAACUUACAGAUAUUAUUUUGACGCAGGCCUUUGUUGGACCAAACCCAAACAGUCUAAUGCUGUCCUAUCUCAAACACAUCAUCGUAUCUCAGGUUGUCUCACACACUGCAGUGCUUUCCACUAUCAUUGAAUAUGAAACGGUGUGCAUUACCAGACCUUACUGUAUGAGGGGCCUGUUGGAAAUACUGAAUGGAUGUAUCAACAGAAUCAAUUGCCAGGGAUCUAUGGAGGAAUGUCUAACCCUCUGCCAAUCCUUUCUUCAAGUCAUUCAUUGGUUGCUUCAUUCCAUCACCUUAAUGCUGGAUAAGAUGCCAGACAUGAGAGAUCUUCAAGUCAUGGCUUCCAAUCUAGACAUCAUCAGUGAGAUUCUACGCAUCACUUGCACCAGUAGGGUCAAUAAACUGCUGCUGUUCGUUGCCAAACUUGAGGACAAAGCAACAUGGACAGAGAUUGAGGAGACAGUGUCAAGCAUCAGGACUACACUAUUUGCAAUCCAGUCACAGCAGUCUCAAGAACAACCAACUAGGAGUAAGCUCACAGAUGAAAUUCAAAGUGGGAGUUCUCAACUGGACCAGUUUCUCAGCGCACCGAGGACAACACAUGCAUCUCAAGGAGCUAACAAGAAAGACAAAGGAGAACGCACAACAGAAUCUAUCAGAGAACGACUGGAAAGGAGUCUACAAGAAGUCCUGAGGCUAGCCCAGUUAGACAGCAGUCCCAGUCCAUGCAGUAACAGCCUUGAGUUAAAGACUAUGAGUAGCUGUAUAGGGGUCAUGACCUUCAUGGAGGCAGCCCUCAAUGUGACUGGUGACCUUCAACCUUUUGUUGAUCAGCUGCUGUUAGUAGAGCAACUACAGAACCUUCCAAGAGCUAGUGUGUAUCUGGAGUUAUGCCAAGCCAGUCUGUUGGGCCUGAUUGAUCUACCAGAUACGUGUGAAGAACUGAAAUGGCUCGCAUUCACUUUCAUAAAGUUGCCACAGAUCCUUGCCCGUAUGAAGCAGAGCCCAUCUCCCAGAGACUCAACAGACAGUGCUUUGCAUUUCAUCAGUUGCUUUGAGCAGUUGCUGCGCUUCAAUGUAUUGAUCGAUCAGGCCGAUACUAAACACAACUGUGAUUGCAUGCAGCAGUUACUACAACAGUGCAGUAAGCUGGGACUGAUCACAGAAAACCAGCUCAGAGAACUACUGGCAGCAAGAUCAGCAACUCGUAGAGCCCCAGUACAGAGCAGAAGCAGUGGCCAUGGAUCUCAUGAAUCACCCCAACAACUUCCCAACAGUACGCUGGUCAUCAGGGCAGAACCUACCUCAACCAGCAUACUCAAGAAAUGGGACAUGGACUAUUCCAAGAAUCCUGAUGAGCUUCUGGGGGUUCUUGGUCACAUGAUGUCUGGCAAGAGUUUUGAAUUAAUCAUUGCCGUGCUGGCAACGACGGGAAAACUGAAGAAAUUCACAGCCAAACUAAUCAAGUUCAAUGAGCAGGCAUGCAAGCAGACUCAAGCCGAGGUCACCAAGGGGUCACAGGUCAGGGCAGCUCUGUUUGAUAUUUCCUUCCUCAUGCUGUGUCACAUCGCUCAACUCUACGGCACCGAGAUGGUGACGUCUAACGGUGGCGAUUCAUUUUUUGAGACAUGGGUUCAGCAGUGUAUCCCUGAUGAUAACGGUGCUAAGCCACUAGGAUCCUUCCCAGCUGUGGAGCCAUCCAAGGGAGAUGUACUCUUGAGUCAGUAUCACUCAGGAAUGGACAUCAAGACAAUGCAAGCUCGUUGGAACGAGGUCAUUGACACCAUGCCAUACAUCAUGCAGGAGGUCCUAUUUGCCUGGGAGAAUGGAGCUACAAAUGUGGAUCAGAUACAAAAGCUGAUUGACAAUGUUGCUAGCAAGCUAUGUUGUCUUCCCAUCUGCUGUGUGGCCUGGUUGUGUAGUCACAUAGCCGUCUUGGCAUCUACUGAGCGGAACAGGGCCCUCAGCUUACUACAAAUUAUCUGCUCUCAUCAGGCUUCUAGUCAGUUGGGUGUGCCGCUGCAAAUCUACGACAAUGAGAGGAAUGCCAUGAUGCAAAUUAUCAUCAGGAAGAUGUGUAGCACCAGUCCUGUCACAAACCCGAUGGCCAAAACCAGUCGAGAUGUCCCCUCCUUGCCCCCUGCCACCCCCGCUACACAAGUGCUGUCAUCCGUCUUUGCUGAGAUCAUGGACAAGGGUUGUGUUGAUAGGAGGACUCUGGCCCUGGUGGACCAGUUGAUUACUUGUGGAGGGGUGUUGUGGUUCUGCCGAGGGGUGGUGUUGGAGAUUUGCUCCUUGCAUUGCAAGAAUGACCUCACCAUGGCUGUUGAGGUGGCUUUUGCCCUGUUCCAAGUGGACAUCGAACAGCUGACCCUGACGCUGACGCGGAAGGUUCUGCCACGAAUCCUCGCCGACCCGUUGAAUUUUGAGAAGCUGAGUAACCCGCGAGGCCAUGCGUUGGCGAGACUGACCGUGUGGUGCAUUGCGGCAACACUGACAAACCACACCAGCUCAAGAGAUUCUAAGUGUAAGGAGAGUCCAUUCCGUCUUCUGAGAGGACGCAAGAGACCUCGGAUGGACUUGGACAGAGAGGACUCCAGUGUUUUGAAGGAUGAAGCCAGACCAUCUAAGAUAAGACGAUUGUUGAGUGUUGGUGAUGAAGACAACGCAACGAGCACACUAACAGGCUCUGUCAAUUACAGCACUGGCUUUCUGGUUGCUCAGACUCUACAGCAGUUGAAUGAACCGUUCCCCAGAGCCCUCGUUUCUUUAUUUCAGCUGUUUUCGUCAUUGAUGUCUAGUAGCAUGAUUGGCCCGAGGACAGAGUUUGUGAUUUCCUUCAUGACAGAGAUCAUACACUGCAGUGAACACAUUGCCUCUGGGGUGCUUCAGUUUGCACCAAUCACAAUGAUGUCACAAAUGUUGAAUACAUCCAGUGGUCAAUUUCUUUUGGACCUAGCCUUAGCCAUUGGUCGAGUGGAUAGCGUUGUGGCUAGACGGCUUGCUGCUAAGGCUUUGUGCCACAAUAAGACUGGACGCUUCUAAGCCCUUCUUUGCAGGACCAGAGGUUUACUUUUUUUUGGACAAAUUGGUCAUAUGACUUGAUGUUUAUUUCGAGGUACAAUCAUGCACAGUUUAAUUUACAUUUCUGUAUAAAUUGAACUGAUAUUGGAUAUCUCUGUAUUUUUUAGGAAAGGGGGGGGGGUAAAAGUUACAACAGUGUAGUAAGAGUUUGCACUUAUGCACCAUCAUUUUUUUUGGAACUGACCUUAUUAUUUGUCAUCGUUUUCCUUUCUUGGUAUUUAUAUUGGCAUUAAAACUGCCAAAAUUCCAAAUAUGUCUUGCUUUCUUGCAUCAUUGCAGUUUCUAUCUGUACUGAAUAAUAGAAUUCUGUCAAAACACCAUGGAGUAACACAGCAAAGGAAUUUAUUGUCGAACUUGUUAAGGGAUUUCCAUGAAUAAAUACCAAAUAAAAAUACUGCAGAACAUCU